AUGGUUUCAGUAAGCAACAGCCGCCUGGGCCACGACCCGGCCACGAAUAGUCGGAUGGUCCUACGAGUGACGGUCACGCUUCGUCUUCGCCGCUUUCUAGAUCGUCCGGAGGUUGUGCGGCAGCCGACCGCAUCUGGUCGUCCUCCGGCAACGGGAGAGGCCAUCGGAUUCGCUCGUGGUCAUGUCAAGCUCGUGCUGCACGAGUGCAGAUGGGAUUCCGAGCCGGACACAGCGUGGUCUGACCUGCUCAGAGAGGGCGCCGGACGACAGGAGGAGGGCGAUUCGGGAGGACGAGAGGAGUACCUGCACGGCGGGAUGUCGGUAUUCUCGCUUCAGAAGUCAUACGUUCACCACCGGGACAUCACCGAGCGAUGCAACAAGAGGGGAAGCGAAGCGACACACGGGGCCAAGCGUUCUGCGACCGCCGAUUACUUAUAUGUAGGCACGUCCUGUGGGCUCGGCCUACUCGCCGGGAACUCUCAGGUAUUGAACUCCUUGAGCGUACUCGUUCACGAGGCGAUGCUUCAUGGGCAUAUCUCUUCAUGCAUCUGGUUCGAGCCCAAGGCAAUGCUCUAUGCUUGGCGUGGUUUUACUCGAGCAGUCACUGGUUUGCUCCGCCCCUUCCGCGGCUACUUGAACAUCUCAUCUCGUUCAUGGGUGUUGUUUGGAAGUAGCACUCACUUCAUGCCAUUACAGCAGAAUACGGGCAUUGCGGGCAGUGUGACGUGCAUCUCACUUCGACAGAUGUGCGAGAGUAUAUCGCUUCCCACUCCGGAUCCAAGAGGUCGUGUUCAGAAUUUGCCUACGGGAGACUAG